ACACCAGAGGGCGUUACACAUUCCACUCCACAUACUGUGUUUACUUCCGUCAAUAUUUCUAGAGGAACAGCUAGUCCUCUUUACAACAAAGGAUUCCGUCUCCCAAGGUACACAGACGACCAGGAGGACUGAGCGACAGUGACGUGUCGUUGUUAACCCGGGUGAAGGAUGCCUUUCUUGGGUCAGGACUGGAGGUCGCCAGGGUGGAGCUGGAUCAAGACCGAGGACGGUUGGAAGAGGAUUGAGUUCUUUGGACACAACUUGGGAGAAAACAACAACGACAUAGAUUUAGAAGAGCUCUGUGAUGACAACAAAGAGAACCUGUUUGUGGGAGACAUGUUUGAGGGAGCAGCCAAAAAGAGGAAAAAGGACUUCUACAACAACAACACCAAAUCUCAAUUUGUUUACAAGGAGAAGUGGAUCUACGUGCAGAAGGAGAGCACAAGAGAGAGACACGGAUACUGCACAUUAGGAGAGGCUUUCAACCGCCUAGACUUCUCCAGUGCCAUCCAGGACAUCCGUAGAUUCAACUAUGUGGCCAAACUCCUCCAGUUAAUAGCUCGUUCUCAACUGCCAUCUCUGAGUGGAGCGGCCCAGAAGAACUACUUCAACGUGCUGGAGAAGAUUGUACGGAAAGUGUUGGAAGACCAGCAGAACCCGCGCCUUAUCAAGGAGCUCCUCCAGGACCUGAGCUCCACGCUGUGCAUCCUGACCAGGGGCAUGGGCAAGUCGGUCUUGGUGGGCAACAUCAACAUCUGGGUGUGCAGGCUGGAGACCAUCCUCAACUGGCAGCAGCAGCUGAGCAACCUGCAGAUCCCCAGGCAACUGUCCAAUAGGAUGACGCUCAGUGACCUACCCCUGCACAUGCAGAGUAACAUCCUGUACAAGUUCUCUGACGCCUGUGACAUCAUCAACCUGGGACAGGCCACGCCCACGCUGCACAUGCUCAGUGAGGACUGGCACCUUUGGAAAAAACUCUGCCAGUUUCACUUUACAGAGAAACAGGUCUGUGGGCAUGUGAUCCUGUCAGAGCGAGGCCAUCUGGACUGGAAGCUGAUGUACUUCACCCUGCAGAAGUAUCACCCCAAGAGAGAGCAGUACGGAGACACGCUGCACUUCUGCCGACACUGUAGCAUCCUGUUCUGGAAGGAUCGCCACCUGGCGUUGGUCUUCAAGGACUCUGGCCACCCCUGCACAGCCAACGACCCGGACAACUGCCUCAUGCCCGUCUCCCCCCAGCAUUUCAUAGACCUCUUCAAGUUCUGAACUUCUUUUUUAACUUGUCCAGAAGAAAAAGGCCAGUUUCCUCAUGUCUUUCUCCAGUGCUCCACUCCUCUCGUGCUCUCCUCCACUCUUGUGCUCCAUGUGCAGUGUGUACCAGCUUUUCAUUUCCUUUACCCCCCCCCCCCCCCCCUCAAAAUGUAAGGGCUCCAAGAGGAGAAGUUCCAUUGACCCUUUUUUGGCGCACAUUUUGGACAAAGCGGAAUACGAAGAGAAUUAUAGGAAAAACAUUUGUGGGAUUCUUUUGACAGGGUAAGAGGUGUCUGAGGCUUUGAUGGACCUUUUAAAGAGAACUGCUUCAGGCCAACAAACACCUGGGAAGAUGUGUGUGGUUGUUUCCUUUGGUGAUUAGUUGUUUUGUUGAGGCUGGCUUGAUGUCAGCUGUACCGCUUUGUGGUUGUUUCUGUUGUUAGUUUCUCCUCAGUAACUGAAAGCAUGUCAAGUGUAAGUCUGUUUACGUAUGUGUCCUCUGUGUACUUUUGCCAUGCAGUCCAUACGUUCAAGGCGUUGACACUAAAAAGAGAAAGUGCAUUUUCUGAACAACUAUGACUUUUUACAACAACUUUUGUCAGUUAAAAUGUACAAAACAUUACAGUUAUUUAUGAAGAAAAAAAUGCAUUUUGUAUCCUUCCUUUGAACAUUUUUAAUAAUCCUUUACCAUUCCAAUAACCGAUCUGUAACUGUUUAAGAAGGCUUGUUGGUACUGUCAUGACUUUUCUGGGAUGGUAUCUGAUUGUCAUUAUUAAAUAUUUCUAAAAAGC